GAACCAUUGACGCGGCACUUGUUUUAUGUCGGAAGAGUAAGGCCGUUGCGCUGUCCUUCACUACAAGACGUACCGGCUCAUGUAUUGAUGUCUGGAUGCAAGAGGCUGAGGAUGGAGCCAUCCUGAGGUUCUGACUCUGGAGGGUCUGAGCAGCUCAAACAUGCUGUCAGGAGUUGUUGCUGCCGCCUGUCACUCUCUGAAGUGGACAUUACCUCACUGGAAAGCCCCUCUUCACAGAACUUGUAUCCCAUCAAAGCCAGGGCAAUGGCUACUGGGAGCUGUGGUUCAAAGAGGGGCUCAUAGAUGGACUAUAGCGCCGUCAUCAAGGAUAAACCAGAGGCCAGUGUUUACCAAAGCCCCAGCAUUUGGAGAUAAGCUUGCUAUCAUAGACAGCAGUGGCAGUCACAGCUACAAGCAGCUGUAUUGCAGCAGCUUAGGUCUUGCGGGUAGAAUCAGCACCACUCUCAACUCUGACUUUGGGGGUCUGGGAGGAAAACGAAUCUCCUUCUUGUGUGCCAAUGAUGCUUCCUAUACAGUGGCACAGUGGGCGGCUUGGAUGAGUGGUGGGACGGCGGUGCCACUUUACCGAAAGCACCCUGAAUCUGAGCUGGAGUACAUCAUCUCUGACUCCCAGAGUUCACUGCUGGUGGCAGGGCAUCCCUAUGCUGAAACCCUUGAGCCACUGGCACAGAGGCUGGGGCUGCCAUGCUUGACACUGCCCCCGACUUCUAACCUGAGCAAUUUAGAUGAAGUAGACACCCAGGAGAAGGAGAAAGGAGGCAUCACGGACUGGGCUGAUCGACCAGCUAUGAUCAUCUACACCAGUGGUACCACAGGGAGACCCAAGGGAGUUCUACAUACACACAGCAGCAUCCAAGCCAUGGUCCAGUGUCUGGUUUCAGAGUGGGCGUGGUCCAGAGAUGAUGUCAUCCUCCACACCUUGCCGCUCCACCACGUGCAUGGCAUCGUUAACAAGCUGCUGUGCCCGCUCUGGGUGGGCGCCACCUGCGUCAUGCUGCCUGAAUUCCAGCCUCAGAAGGUGUGGGAGAUGCUGCUGAGCUCCAAGGCUCCCCUGGUUAAUGUGUUCAUGGCCGUGCCAACUAUAUACUCUAAGCUGAUCCAGUACUAUGAUCAGCACUUCACACAGCCUCACGUCAAGGACUUUGUCAAAGCGGUCUGCAAAGAGAGGAUCAGGCUGAUGGUUUCAGGCUCCGCUGCUCUCCCUCUGCCCACUCUGCAGCGCUGGGAGGAGAUUACAGGACACACACUGCUAGAACGCUACGGCAUGACAGAGAUCGGUAUGGCACUGUCCAACCCUCUUAAGGGCCAACGCAUCCCAGGGGCUGUAGGGUUGCCGCUCCCCAGUGUGGAAGUCCGGAUUGUCAUGAAUAACACAACUAACACCACAAUUGUGGAGGGCAGUCACCGUGAGACUCAGGUCCGUCCAGGUCUGGAGAAGAAAGAAGGGGAGCUCCUAGUUCGCGGUCCGUCUGUCUUCAAGGAGUACUGGAACAAACCUCAAGAGACCAGAGAGUCUUUCACCGAUGAUGGCUGGUUCAAAACAGGAGACACAGCGGUCUAUAGAGACGGUGUGUAUUGGAUCAUGGGGCGCACCAGCGUUGACAUCAUCAAGAGCGGUGGCUACAAGAUCAGUGCACUUGAGGUGGAGCGUCAGCUGCUGGGUCAUCCAGACAUCAUAGAUGUGGCUGUGAUCGGGGCCCCAGAUGCCAUUUGGGGUCAGAAAGUCACUGCAGUUGUGCAGCUGAAGAACGGGCAGAGUAUGACCCUGGCAGAGUUGAAGACCUGGGCGAGGGAGCACAUGGUGCCUUACACCAUCCCCUCAGGCCUGGUGCUGGUGGAGGAGAUGCCGAGGAAUCAGAUGGGCAAGGUCAACAAGAAGGACCUCCUGCGACACUUCUUCCCAUGACUGGACCACGUUGAUAUGUAUGACAACACACAGGAUCCUGGUUAAAGAAUUGCAGAUGUCCUGACUGUCCCCAUCUGGUCCUUAGAUCAGACAAGUGUGCAGAGGAAACACAAAGUAAUGGAAAAACACCUCAUGGAAAAUGACUUAACCUCUGAGGUAACUUAAUCACAACUUCGAACACUGCUCCGAAGGUAAUUCUGUUACACUGAAUGCCAAUUAUGCCAAGCAUUGUUUAUCAGUUACUGUGUAAGGCAGGUCUGGAAAUCAUCACUUUGAUACGUAACUUAUUGAGACAAUAUGUAACAGCACUCCACCAAGAGGACACAGAAUGUGUUCCUGACUGUAUUUAUCAUGAAGAUCUCAACAUUAUCAGAAGUAGCAUCAAAAAUAGUGGUAAAAAUUUAAACUAACCAACAUGGAUGUGACAGACAUAUCAUAUCUUAGAUGCUGCCAAGUACUGUUAAUUGGUGUGCAACAUAUGACCCACUUAUGUAGGGUUUGCAGUUGUAGUGGUCCCUCAAUUCUGUAAUACAAACUGAAUGCAAGUUUGGAAUAUGUGGUAUGUUCACACUGGAAACAUAACAGAAUUAUAAUGCUAAACAGUCAGUAUGCUGACUAAAAAACUUUGAGUGUGCUCUUAAUGGACACUUUUGUCCCGCAGCGUAAAGAACAAAGUAAAAGCAGAUUUUAGUGAGUUGACUGUCACUUGACAGCCACUGGUAUUGUAAAGAUUUAUAUACAGUACACACCUCGUACAACUGAUAUGUAGUAAUGACUGUAUAUAAAGAUGGACAAAGCAUCUCCACUUCCCACUGUACAAAAAUGAAGCCAAAAUACCCCGGAUACGGCCACUACCAUCUUGCACAGGUGACAUCAUCUCUGUGGUAUUGAGUUCUCUUCUUGUCGUUGAAUCGCCCGCGGUGUCGCUGAUUGCGAGCACGCCGACGGACACACACAGCUAUCAGUCAUGAUGUCAUCCCCAUUUCUAUGGCAUCAAGUAACUGACAAAAACCACACUUACUGGCAAAAUGAACUCUUGAACACACAACAGCAUAAGAACUACCUUAAAUGAAAGAAACCAUCUUUGGGAAACUUUAUUUAACGUGUACUUCAAUAUUUUAGCUUGGCCUAUGUCCUGUCUGCUAACAUGGAGGUGGCGGGCUUUAUGAGCUAUACUGCAGCCAGCCACCAGAGGGCAAUCAAGCUGUUUUGACUUCACUUUAAGGGACCUGUCAUGUCAUUCAUUUCUAUUAUACAGUCUAUGGCAGUGGUUUCCAACUGGUCCGGCUACGGGGUCCAGGUUUCUCCUUAGUAAUUAGCUCAAGGUCCACACAAUUAAAUAUAUUCAGCGUCAUAAUUAGUAGCUGUCCGUUAGUCCCUCUCUCUGCAGCAGGAAACGGCACUUCAAAAUGAAAGCUCUGUACCGCAAAUUCACUGUACUUCAGAAUAUAGUGUGUGUUUUUUAAAAACUUGAUAAAUUUGCAAGUCCAUUGCACACUCACAGUGGACCUGCAACCCAAUUUUGGACUGCAACCCACCAGUUGGGAACCACUGGUCUAUGGUAAGUAGUAUAGAAGUGGGACUAAACAUGUGAUAUAGGUACUUCAAAGUCAGUAUCUCUAUUUUUGGAAUGUCUGCAUCCAGAAGAAUUACAGGACCGAUCGUUCAAAGUGCCUUAGUGAGACGGGAUCAGGUAGUUUAGUCUGCUUUAAUGAAUAAUUGCAUGCACCAUGAACUGGACUCAACUGUUCCAUUAGAAACACUUCAACACAGCAGCUCAUACUGCUGAAGAGUGCUUUGAGUACUCUUACUGGAAUAUUCAGAUUUUUUAAAUUGUGUGAUCAGAGAAUACAGAAUGACUUUAGAUCGUAGAGAGGUGUGGUGUCUAGAAUCAUGGUUAAUUACACCCACGCUAAAAUGACAAAUGUGGUGGCAGAACAGGAGACAUGACGAACUUUGAAUUAUGAUCAGUGAGAACACAGUGUUAAUAUGAAGUCUCAGCAUUGUACACACACACUGAUGCACUUGAAAUAACAGAUAAUGUUUAUCUGAAAAUUAAAAAAGUUUUACAAAAUAGAAA